AUGGCACACCCGAUAGUGGAUGAAAAGCACGUCGAGGCACCGGAGGUGUUGAAUAUGACCAAGCACUUGUCAGAUGAUUCUCUGCCUUCUAAUGCCGUCGGUGACGAGGCGCUCGAAUUCCUCAAACAGCACGGUGUUGAGGGCAACUUCGCCCACGAUGCGGCUCGAAUGGCCGCACUGCGCCGCAAGAUUGACGUGAGGGUCAUCCCGUUCCUUGCCUUGGCCUAUCUUAUGAACUACCUCGACAAGAUCACGCUGAACUAUGCCAAUGUUAUGGGUUUAAGUAAGCAACUUCACCUCGUAGGCAACGACUUCACAAAUGCCUCGUCUGCUUUCUGGAUAGCCGUUUUGAUCUUCGAGUUUCCAAGCAUCUACCUCUUGCAGAGACUGCCUGUUGGUAAAUACCUGGCUUUCACCCUCUUUGGUUGGGCUGUAGCUACAGCAUGCACUGCAUCUGCGACUACCUUUAGCGGCUUAGUUACUGCUCGCGUCUUUUCCGGAAUCUUUGAGGCGGCUGUACCGCCAUGCCUUAUGCUCAUAAGCGGUCAGUGGUACACCAGGCAGGAGCAAAUCAUCCGCUUCGUCUGGUGGUACCUUGGAACAGCGUGCGGCAUGAUCAUCGGAGGCUUCACUUCUUGGUGCUUCCAGCAUGUCAGUGCAAGAGCGCCGAUCGAGGGCUGGCGGAUCAUGUACAUUGUUCUUGGUUUGCUCACUCUUGUCCUAGCCACACUGAUCUGGUUCCUGGUACCGGACUCACCAAUGAGUGCACGUUUUCUCAAUGAUCAGGAGAAAGUCUCCUUGCUCGAGCACGUCAAGAUUAACCAGACGGGUGUGGAGAAUCGCCGCAAUUUCUCAUGGGCGGAGGUCAGGGAGGCUUUCACUGAUUUCCAGCUCUGGUGUCAAUGGCUCAUCAUGCUAUUGGAAGGUGGUGGAGGUGGUGUCAUCACUACCUACUCUGCCACACUCAUCAAAGGCUUUGGCUACACUCCAAAAGAGAGUGCCUUGCUUAACAUGGGCGGUGGAGCAGUCGCCAUUACCACGUGUCUGCUCACAUCUUACGGCGUGAGGUUCUUUGGAAACCGGUGGGCUUUCCUGAUCUUCAUCACUUGCCCUGGAAUCAUCGGUGCUGCACUCAUGGCAUAUCUUCCGAAAUCCGAUAAGACUGGCUUGCUGGCUGGUAUCUACCUCGUCACAGCGAUCUUCGCGGCUGUCCCAAUCCAAUUCUCCUGGAUCACGGCAAAUGUCGCCGGCCACACCAAGAAGCGUGUAGCAACUACGAUACUGAACGCAGCCUUUGCGAUCGGUAACAUCAUCGGUCCACAGACAUUCCGAGCCAAGGACGCUCCUGCGUACACGCCGGCCAAAGCCUCGAUGAUGAGCUUCCAGUGUGUCAUCAUCGCGUUGAGCAUCAGUAUGUACAUUUACUAUAGGAUUGUGAACAAGAAGCGCGAUCAGAAGAGCAGUGCGGCUGGUGAGGAUAUCGCGGACAGCCAGGCUUUUGCUGGAUUGACUGAUAAGCAGAACCCGAGGUUCAGAUAUGUUUACUAG